AUGUCAUCAUUAGAAGAAAUAGAUCAAGGCGAAACUUUUAGACCUGGUGAACCAUACACUCAUCGUCUUAGCAAAAUUCUUGAGGAAUAUCCAGAUGGAUCUCAAAUUAUUCGAGAAAUUCUUCAAAAUUCUGACGAUGCAAAAAGUAGUUCACAGGUCUUUAUACUUGACCGUAACUCUUAUCAAUCUAACCGUUUAUUUGAACCUGUGAAAAAAAGUAAUAAAACAAAAUUGAAGUUGGAUCGUUAUCAAGGUCCCGCACUUUUAGCAAGAAAUGAUACAGUUUUUGAAGACCGUGAUUUUGAAUCUUUAAAGAAAUUAGCAAAUAGUGAAAAAUAUGAUCAAUUUGAUAAGAUUGGUGUUAUGGGCGUAGGAUUUAAUAGUGUUUAUCAUAUUUGCGAUACUGUCCAACUUAUUACUGGUGAUAAUAUUCUCAUUCUUGAUCCACACGAGAAUUAUUUUAAAGGUGGUAUAAAAUUUGACUUUGUCAAAAAUAAAUUGGCCACACGCUAUCCGGAUCAAUUUGCUCCUUUUUGUGUUCCGUGCGACCAAAGCUUUGAAGGUUCUUUAUUCCGCUAUCCUCUUCGCACUGAUCAAGAUGCAUUAGAAUCAGAAAUUUCCAAUAAAGUUUAUAGUCCAGAUCAAAUCUUGGAAAUUUUUAAAACUUUUUAUGAGAAAGAAAGCAUUAAUUGCCUUUUAUUUUUAAAAUAUAUUGAAAGUAUUAAAUUUUAUGAACUUGGUAAAAAUGAAACUGAACCAAAAUUACUUUACUCAAUCGAAAUCACAAAUUCAGAGCAAAUUCGUGCAGAACGAAGAAGAAUUGCUGAAUGCAUUGGACCUAUGGUGGAUUCUCUUACUAAGAGAAUAGGACCAAAGAUUACUACUUUGGAAUCUGUGUAUAUUGCAAAUUUCCGCCGAAAAUGUGGUGACGAUGAUCCUCAUAUGGAUCAAUGGAUUAUCUUUACUUGUCUUGGUGAUUUGAAUACUGCGGAAAAUUAUUUUCAAUCUAAUUUUAAGAAAUCUAUUAGUACAUAUAAAUUUAUUCCAAAUGUUGGUAUCGCAUUACCACUUAAAGAUAGAAAGGCCACUGGAAGAUUAUUUUGCUUCCUUCCUCUUCCUAUUGCGACUCCAUUUCGCGGCUCUGUGCAUGGAUAUUUUGCGGUUAGCACAAAUAGACGCACUCUCUGGACUGCAGCUGAUAGUGAGGAUUUGGCUUAUCAUUCGUUGGCUAGACUUAAAGUUUCAUGGAAUGAAUAUCUUUUUAAUGACGUUCUCCCAAAGGCUUGGGCUAGAUUUUUGACUAAACUCCCUAUCGAGGCACCAAAAAUUAAUGGAUCAGAGUUUUAUGAUUUUUGGCCUAUUAUUCAAAAAUCUGCAUCCAGAAGUUUCGCUAAUUUAUGUGAAGACUUGUUGUUUAAUACGGUUGAAAAUCUCAACGUUGAUGAUAAAGUCUUUUGUGGACCAUCUGCGUCAUAUGCGCUCGGCGAUAUUACUAAAAUACUAAAAAUAUCUCAAAAGCAUAUUGCAUCAUAUGAAACGGAAUUUCAUUUAUUAUCAAUUAAUUAUGGAUUUUUUCCUGACAAACGUGCAAAUGAAAAGAUUUCAAAUAUUGUUGGAAGUAUAGGGUUUCCUGUAAUAAAUAUCAACUUAAAAGUAUUGGAUGAACUAAAAAGAUCAAAACACAAAGAUUCCUUGAAAUUUUAUUCACCCCAAAUUAUUAGAACUUAUUUACACCAAAAUAAAGCGAGGUGGCAAGAACAUUUAUCAAGAGAAGAAAAAUUAAUCUUGUUUUCAUAUAUACUUGAAGAUAAAAAUUAUGUUGAGUUAGAUGGUCUGUCGAUGAUUCCGUUAGCUGAUAAAAGUUUAGGAACCAUCUCACGGAAAACAAAUUAUUUCGUAUAUAUUGGUCCAGAAAAUAACCAACAAGUUGAUGCUAAUGAUGAACGAAAAAUAUUCAAGAAUAGCUUGAAUAAAUUUAUUGAUAAAGAUAUUUCUUGUAAACUUUGGAACCAAAUCUAUGAAGGUGCAAAGAAUGGAUGGGACCUUAAUAUUAAGAUUUUGACGGCCACGGCAGUUGCUGAUCUGAUUACUAAAUCUUUGGUUGGUUAUUCAAAUGCCAGUGAUGAGAUUCAAUUAAAAAAUUCUCAUGAAUGGAUUAAUCAAAUAUGGUCCAAUUUUCACGAAAGGAAAUACGAACUAAAUAAUUUUGAAAACAUUCAUCUUUUGCCAACAAAUAGAGGAACGCUUCGUAAACUAAAAACGGUUCAGAAAAGCUUUUGGAAUAGUAUUGAUGAUAAACCUGAUAAUAAAAUUCAACCACUUAUCGAGAAGUUUGGUAUAGUAUUUGUUGAUAAAGAAUUUGAGAAGCAUGAUGUAUCGAAGUGGAACAAAUUAUCGCGAUACGUAAUUAAACUUGAUAAUAUUUCCGAAGUCUUGGAAUGUAUAUGUGUAAUUACUGGAUUUCCAAAAAAUGUCCAGAAGAGGUUGGAUUCUCAAGAAGCAAGCGAAUUGAUAGAUUAUUUAUGUCGCUAUUAUAGGUCCUCUUUUAAUACCAAUAAUUACGAUCCUAUUGACAUAAUUAAACAUCUUCCAAUAUUCAUGGAAGUUGACAGGGACGAAUUAAUUGCUCUUAAAUCUGGGGAUAGGAAGUGGUAUUUGCUUCCAGCAGAAGAUGAAAAAAGUUAUGGGCAUAUUAUUGCACCUGAUGUGAAUGGUUUUCUUAACACAGAUAUACCAAAAUCAAAGUAUCUAUUGGAAAAUAUUAUCAAAAUUCCACGAUUGUCACGACAAGUAUAUUGGUGUGAUUUCGUUAUCCCGUAUUUAGAAUCCCAACCUUCAAAUGUUCUAAAAAUUGUAAUUACAAAACUCUUUGAACGGUUAUUGCAAUUACUUUCUGGAGAUUCAAAUCUGAAAAAUACAUUGGAGAAAACAGCAUUUGUUCCAUCAGUGUCAAUACAAUCUCAGUCAAAUGAUACUGUAGAAUUUGAAUUAAAAAGACCGAUCGAAUUAUAUGACCCAGAUAAUUGGAAAAUUUCAGAAUUGUUUUUUGAAGAUGAAAUAGUGUUUCCUUUUAAAAUACCUGAUUAUAAACAUUUAAUUUUGCCAUCAUUAAGAUCACUAGGUAUGAAGCAAUUUCUUUCAUCAGAUGAUAUUAUUCAACGAUUAAAUAUUAUGAGUGAACGCAAAGAACUUGUCGAUAUGAGAGAAAUAGUGCACAAGAUAUCAAUGAAGCUAGUUCAAUAUAUCGAUGAUUAUUUUGACAAACUUAUUGGAAAACAUCAAUCUCGAUCUAAUAAUGCACCACCAAAUAAUAGCAAACUUCAACAAUUGUAUACACUUUUGAUAAAUACUGAAUGGCUCCCCACAGUAGAUUUUACAGGAAAGAACCUAUUCUCGAAACCAAAUGAUUGUCGAGAUAAAGGUUAUAAGAAUACAGUAGGUUUAAUAAUACCAAUUUUAGAAUAUCGUAUUAAAAAUAAAUCAUUUUCUACCCUUCUAUGGAAUUCGUAUCCACCAGUGGACAUUGUACUCAAACAGCUCAAAGCAUGUAGUUCCAUUUCACGCAAUCAAUUAUAUCAUCAUCAUCAGAACCCUGACAAAAUAUGUGAUUCGAUUUAUAAAUAUAUGAUGGAAGCAUUAUCAGCCAGAAAUAAAGACCAGCAAUCACGAAUGGAAAUAGAAAAAUUUAAGCAAGAACUUUUAUCGACUGAUGAAAAUUGGAUUUUUUGCAAUGAUAAAUAUUAUCCAUCAAGUAGGGUGGUAUUUGAAUUAGAUGAUAGCUUAAUAAGUAAUAAUUCAGUAAUUAUACAACUUCCACAAAAAUAUAAUCAAUACAACGAACUAUUUAUUGAAAUGGGUGUUAGACAAAAAAUAGGAAUCCCAGAUCUCAUUAACAUUAUUAAAGAAUUUCGUAAUUCUACAGACUUGGUGGGGAGAAUUCUGACACAAGAUGAAAUUAAUAAAAUUAUUGGACUUAUUGAACAAAUAGCAAAGAAAAGAAUCGAUACAGAAAACAAUGAUGAUAAUAUUUUAAAUGAGUUAUUAAUUCCGAAUACUGAAUGUCAACUAGUUAAUUUUUAUGAAAUUCAGUAUGAUGACAUGGGGAAUAGAUUGAAUGAUGAAAAAAAGAAAGAGUUUAGCAUUGCACAUCCACAAAUAUCACCUGCGACUGCAAGAAUGCUUGGAAUGCAAAUGCUUACUGGAAAGUUAAUAGAUGAAGGAGACGAUUUUGAUGAUUAUGGUAUGGACUAUGAACAGGAAGAACCAUUGGCUAUUAGGAUUCGUAAUAUUCUUAAUGAUUACCCUGUUAAUGUCUUAUUCAAAGAGUAUUUGCAAAAUGCAGAUGAUGCAGGAGCUCGAAAGCUUUGCUUAGUUAUUGAUGAAAAUGGCUUUGGAAUUCCAAAAAAAUCUCUUGAUCAACACUCAUUGUUAUCAGAAGAAAUGAAUAAUUGGCAGGGACCUGCUUUAUGGAUAUUCAAUGACGCAAUAUUUUCAGAUAAAGAUUUUGAAUCAUUACUAAAACUUGGUGUAGGUGGGAAAUCAAAAGACUACAAAAAAAUAGGAAGGUUUGGUAUUGGAAUAAAUGUCUCUUUUCAUUUGACAGAUCUAGUUAGUUUUGUUAGCGGUGAAUAUAUAGCAUUUCUGGAUCCAUCAGAAAAAUUUUUACCAAAAACUGGAAACCCACCUCGACAUGCACGUGGAAAACGUAUAAAUUUUCUUAAAAACGAUUUUAAAAACAGAUUCAAGAACCAGACCGAACCAUUUAUAUCUCUCGCUCGCAACUUGUCAAAUGAAAGUGCGUCGAUUUUUAAAGAGUUUAAAGAAUUUGAUUUUACGAAAAAGUUUAAUGGAACUUUAUUUCGGAUACCUUUGCGAAAUAGUAAAACAGCGCAAAACGGCGAAAUUUCACAGAAUUGUUUUGAACCUAGAGAUAUUUUACAAAUUUUUGGGGAAAUUAAAGGAAACCAAGAAAUGUUAUUUUUGAGAAACAUUGAAUAUUGUAGCUUACAGUUCUUAAAAGGCAGAUCCAGACAAAUGAUUUGGGAAGCUAAAAUUGAAAACAUGGAUCCUGCCUUACGUAAUAAUCGCUUAUCAUCAUCAUCCCAUGAACAGCAAAUAUUUCAACUUGAAAUGGAAAUGAAUAACAGAGAUAGGAAAAGUUCAGAAAUAUGGUUAGUUUGUACUGGUGGAAAAGAUAAAACUAGUAGAGGAGAAUUGGAAACUUUUUCGAUAUAUAAUAAUAUCCGAGCAAGAGGUGGAAUUGCUUCAUUGUUGGCACAAUCUGUUAAUAAACCAUUAGCAUCGCUAAAGAAGGAUAAGUUUCCAAAUCCCCCGACGCUUGCAGGGGCAUUAUACUCAUUCCUAUCGCUUCCAAUAACCACCUCUCUUAAUGUUCAUAUUAAUGGAACAUUUUAUAUUUCAAGUGAUAGAAGAAAUAUGUUGCAGUCAGAAAAUAACUCCAUCCUAAAUGAAAAGUCAAAGUCAAAUUCUUUGGGUGAUAAUUGGAACAAACACAUUUUAUUUGAAAUACUGCCACAAUUGCAUGCUACACUUUUAGAACGAAUUGCUGAAUUAGAUUAUCAAAGAUUUUUAAUGCUUCAACCAGAUCAAGUGUCACAGUAUUAUCCAAUAACAACUACGAGACUUUGGCCAAUUGUAGGUGGACUUUCAGGAAUGUAUAAAAACUAUGCAGAAAAAGUCUUAAUGAAAUUGUAUAACGGCAACUUCAAAGUUUGUUGGACUCAUGCAAAUAGAGGAAAAUUUAUUUCAUUUAAAGAAGCAUACUUGGCUGAUCGUAAAACAGCAGAUAUUAAUGAAAUUUUAGCGUCUCAAAAUAUACAAAUUAUAAAAUUAACUGAAGAACAAAUAAGUCAUUUUAAGGUUCUAGUAAGAACGGUCAAGAAUCAGACUGUACAACCUUUAAAAACAAUUAAUCCACAAUUGGUUUCUCACAUUUUUCGGAGUAAUCCAAAUAUAGAUAACGUAUCUCAUGAAAGCAUAUUUAGAUUGCUAAAAUUUAUCAUUCAAGAUAAGGAUUUGUCUCGAGAAAGUCUCAUUGGAUUAAGGCUGUUACCACUUAGUGAUGGGACUGUUGGAAUAUUUGGUGAUCAGGAACGUUAUAUUGCAGAAUCAAAACUGCAAAGACUAUUUCCUGAUGCAGCGAAAUUAUCGAAAUUUAUAGCAGAAUAUCCUAAAGAACUUAAAGGUCUUUUCAAUGAUAAAAAAUUCUGUAAUUCGGCUAAAAUUAAACAAAUAGAUGCAUCUUCAAUAAUCAUUUUAUUAGAAUAUGAGUUACAACGUGAUAAAGAAUUAGAUUGGGACCCGAAUGGUAAAACUUAUCCAAAUAAAGAAUGGAUCAAGCUAUUAUUAAAUUAUUUUGUACCUCUAAAUGCGGAUUAUGAAUUUUCGAAAUUAGCAAGACUUCCAUUAUUGCCAAUAAUUAAACCGCAAGAAAAACUUGUAUUAUUUGAUUAUCAAAAUCCAGUAUUAGCCUAUGAUGCCUCAAAUCAGAUGACUUCAAUACUUGUUAAAUUUGGGGUUAGAUUUACAAAUCAUGAAUUUCCAGAAGAAUGUAAUCAAAAUUUAAAACAAUGCAUAUUGAAAUCAAAUUUUAUUAAUAUGAUGAAAUGCCUUGAGAGAGCUAUUAUACUGUCCAAAAAAUCAGUGGAACAACUAUUUAGCGAAACUCUAAAGCCAUUUGAAAUUAACAAAUUUAGAAACUUCGUUACAAAAGCAUUCAAUAGUAGUUCGAGUAAUUCAAAAAAUAAGAAAAUUGCUAUCACAUCAUUUCUUAAGACAUUACCAAUUUGGCCAACUGAGUCGUUGGAUAUGAAUUCUUUUAUAUCUGCAAAUUCUGGAUUAUUAAUUCCACAAGAUCUUCCGCUUUUUUCAUCAGAAGAGAAUUCCAAAAUUUUUAGUGCAGAAUCGGAAGAUGAUUAUUUUACAUUAUAUGCGCUUGAAGUUAAAAUAUUAGAUCCAUUAGAAUAUGUCAGGAAUAAUAUUAUCCCUUACUUGUUAGCCCUAGGACCUACUAAUGAAUGUUUAAAUUUAUUAAAAUCUAUCAUUUCAUUAAAAAAUAGAGAAAUUGAAAACUGUUUGGCACUGUAUCCUAUAAUUCCAAAUAAUUCAUUAACAAGACUUGCUAAAGCGAAUGAACUAUAUGAUAGUAGCAAUUACUUAUUUUAUUCAACAUUUGAAUCUGACAAAUUUUUACAUCAGGACUUAUGUUUAAAUUCAGAAUGUUUUGAGGUGAUAAAAAAAAUGGGAUUAAAUUACCAAGUUAAUUCCCAAAAUUUCUUGGACUGUGCUUAUGAAAUUCAAUCAAAAAUAGAUGAUAAUACUAUCAACAAUAAUGACACAUCGUUACAUGCUAUUAGAUAUUUGUAUCAAAAUUAUACAAGAAUGAAGCUCACCAAAAAUCAAUUGCAAGAGUUGAUAAUUAUAAGGUUUAUACCUGUUGACUUGGAUUUUCCAUACCCAUAUGCAGAACAUGCAAAGGAAACUUCAGGAUUCGAAUCAUUUAUUUCAUUACGUUGCCAAACUUAUAAAAACCUUUGUUGGACUCAAUGUCCAUUAUUUAAUAAAUCUAUCGAUCCACCUGCAUCAUUUUUAAAAGCAAUAAACCAAACUGGCCAACCGACAAUUGAUGAAAUUGUAAUAAAUUUAAUAAUUAUUGCUUCAAGAAUAUCUAAAUCAUCAGGUGAUUCUUCUUGGAAUUCGCCAAAUGGAGUUAAAAUAUUUUUAGAAAUAUUAAGCGAAAAUUAUUCUACGUUAAAUCAAUUAGUAGAAAGUUCAAAUGAUGCCAAAAUUUUCAUAGAAAGUAAUUUACCGAAAGACGCCAAGUUAUUCUUAAAUAAUGAUGUUGAUCCUUUUAAUUCCAAUAAUUGGGUAGCAGGACAAGAUAUAGUUUUCGGAGUGGAGGAUGAUGUUAUUGUAGAACUGCAUAAAGUCCAUCAGUUUUUAAAAGAUUACAAAACAUUGUUAAAAGUCUUGGGUGCUAAAGAAUUGGAAAAAAUUAAUUAUAAAGUUAAAGUUAGAAAACAUUCACAGAAAGAUGAAUUGUUUAAAAAGUUGUUGGAAAACUUUAGGCAGCAAGAAGAAAUUAAACACGACGUUUUGUUUGAAGUUGGAGAAAAUAAUACUUGUAUUGAAAAGAUCUACGCCAACAGUUAUGUUCUUUCAGCUGCAUCUCCGCAAAUUGAAAUGCUUCUAAAUAAUAGGUUUAAUGACAAAUUUUCAGGAUCUCAAAGAGUAAAAAUUGUCAAAAUUGAGGGAACUAAACCUCAAACAUUCAGAAUAUAUGGAAUCCAACCUUCUGCUUUCCGUAUAUUAAUCCGUUGGUUAUAUGGACAAUCAUUUAAGGAAGCAUUUUCUGAAGUUCUUAAUAAUUUCCCACAAGCUUUAGUACUUUUAAUAAGCUUAAUUAAACUUUCUGAUAGAUUUGAACUAGAUCCUUUAAAAGAUCAUGUGGAAGAAGCUAUAAUUAAAGGGCCUUAUAUUAAUAUUAAUAAUGUUGAUAGUAUUAAAAAAGAGGCUCAGAUUAAUCGAGCUACCCAACUACAGAGCCAUUGUGAAGAAUAUAGAAAGAAAAAUGAAAAGCUUUUCGGAAAUUAA